UCGGUCCUGUUCAUUUGCUCUCAUCCUCUCUGUUUGUUUGCACUGGAAACAUUGCACAGAACCUGCAUAUGUCAGUCUUGCCAUCCAUAAUUACAGGUGCCACUGAUGUCUUAAGAUUAGCUUUGUAGAGGGAUCAAUAGUUCACCACUUUAGGUUUUAUCAAAACAACUUUUCUUAGCAUCUUCAUCAAGUGUCAGAGCAGUGGAGAUGUGUUCUCUCCUGCGGCCGCCGGUGUUCAGUCGCUUUAUAUCUGUGCGGCUCAAGAGCGUGGCUGCCUCUCAGUCCCUGCCGACCAAACGAGACCGAGACCUCUGUGACCCCUCAUCACCUGACUUUCUGACCUUUGAGGAUCCUCAAGCAUUCAAGGUGAAGAGUUUCUGGGAGCUGAUCCGAGCUCUCGGAGUCUUCAGGCUUUGCUCGUUCCCUGCGCUGGUUAAUAACUGUGGUAAGCUGAUGACCGUUACAAGGAAGGUUUUGGGCCAGCGAUGUUUCUGCAUGGUCAUGCGCCCGUCUGUGUACGCUCAGUUUGUGGCCGGCGAAACAGAGGCUGAGAUCACAGACUCCAUGCAGAAGAUGAGCUCGCUGGGGCUCCACCCCAUGCUAGCCGUCCCCAUCGAAGAGGACCUGGGAGAGAGCACCGGGGAACGUCGAUAUGAAGACAACCUGGCGGCCAUGCUGGAGUGUGUGCACAUGUCUCACAGCAAAGGCUGGAGUAAAAAUCCCAUGAUGCAGCUGAAGAUCACAGCUCUCGUCAGCCCUGAGCUGUGUGCGAAGCUGACUUCUCUGCUAAAGACAGAGCAGUAUGAUCUGAACGCGCUUGUGAGAGUCAUGGAGGGAGAGGAGGUCAUGUUUCCUGGUCUGACCGAGAGUGAGAACACACACUUACUGCUGGGCCUCCGGAGACUCGGCAGAAUAGGAGAGGCGAGUGUUAAUAAAGUGCGAGUGCUGGUGGAUGCGGAGUACACGUACAUGAAUCCUGCCCUGUCCCUCAUCACCACGGCCCUGAUGAAGAAAUUCAACCAGCAGAGCUCCUGGAUCUGGAACACGUAUCAGUGCUACCUGAAGGAAUCAAGGAAUCUACUGCUUGAUGCCAUUCAGGCGUCCAUCGAUCAGUCCUUCUGUCUCGGCGUUAAACUCGUCAGAGGCGCUUACAUGGACAAAGAGAGGAAACUCGCCGAAAAAGAAGGGCGAACAGAUCCAAUCCAUGAAUCAUGGGAGCGAACUAAUGACAGUUAUAACGGAUGUCUAGAGAUCAUGCUGAGGCUCAUUUCAGAGAAACCUGACCGCUACAUGAUAAUUGUUGCCACUCACAAUGAAGAAUCGGUCAGACGGGCCGUGACACGCAUGGAGCAGCUGGGGCUUCACAGAGACGCGGGCGCUGUGUGUUUCGGUCAGCUGCUGGGCAUGUGUGACCACGUGUCUCUCACUCUCGCGCAGCACGGUUUCUCGGUGUAUAAGUCGGUGCCGUACGGCUCGGUGGAGGACACGCUGCCGUAUCUGGUGCGCCGCGCUCAGGAGAACCGCACCGUGCUCCAGGGCAUCCGCAAGGAACGAGAUCUGCUCCGACUGGAGCUGCGCCGCAGACUCAGAGAGAAGAUCACAGGCGCCAGAUAGAGAGAAAUCAGCCUAAAGACUCCAAUGCAUCACUGCUUGAGCGAGGGCCAUGCAGUCGAGGCAUUAGCCUUUGAAAGAUGUGAACAAUAGUGCCUUCUAGUGGAUGUUGAUGAUGAUUUGGGAGAAAAAAAUGAUCAUGAAUUCAAAAUUGGCCCUUUUUAAUGCAUGUUCCUGGUGUUUCUGUUCACAAUUCACCAGUGCAGAUUAUUCCAAAGAAAAAGUCUGCCUUUGUAACACAUUAUUUGGAAUAUUUAAGAUUUUUUAAUUUAUUUUAAGGAGUCUCUUCUGCUCACCAAGACUGCAUUUAUUAGAUCAAAAACACAGUAAAACAGUGUAUUGUGAAAUAUUAUUACACUUUAAGCUGUUUUCUGUGUGAAUAUGUGUUAAACUGUCAUUUAUUUCUGUGAUGCGCAGCUGUAUUUCCAGCAUCAUUACUGCAGUCUUCAGAAAUCAUUAUUGAGCACUGAACAUUGCCUCGGUUGUCAACCAAAGAAAAUCAAAUAAAAUAUAUUAAAAUAUUCC